AUGACGCGGCGCGCGGCGAUCGCCGCGGCCAUCGUGGCGGCGCUCCUGGCGGCGUGCACCGCGGCGGCGGCCGCCGCGGCGAUCACCACCUCCCGGAAGCACCACCAGCACCAGAAGUCGGCGCCGGGGUCGUGCGACAUGUUCGCCGGGACCUGGGUGGCCGACGAGGCGUACCCGCUGUACGACUCGGCCAGCUGCCCCUUCGUCCGCGCCGAGUUCGACUGCCGCCGCUUCGGCCGCCCCGACACCGGGUACCUCCGGUACCGGUGGCUGCCCAGCCCGCCCUGCUCCCCGCCCAGGUUCGACGGGUUGGCGCUGCUGCGGCUGUGGUCGGGGAAGAAGGUGAUGUUCGUGGGCGACUCGCUGGCGCUGAACCAGUACGAGUCGCUGCUGUGCAUGAUCCACGCCGCCGCGCCCGGCGCCACCACCACGGUGUCGCCGAGGUCGGGGAAGAUCAGCCCCUCCACCACCGUCACGUUCGAGGAGUACAAUGUGACGCUGGUGUACUACCUGACGCACUACCUGGUGGACGUCGUCGCCGAGAAGGGCGGCCGCGUGCUGAAGCUCGACCAGAUCGACGAAGCCCGCAACUGGCUCGGCGCCGAUGUGCUCGUCUUCGACUCAUGGCACUGGUGGCCGCGCUCUGGCCCCACGCAGCCCUGGGACUACAUUGAGGUAGAUGGCAAGGUGAUGAAGGACAUGGACCGGACGGUGGCCUUCACGAGGGCGCUCAAGACCUGGGCCGGAUGGGUCGAUGUCAACCUCCUCCAGACCAACACUCAAGUUUUCUUCCAGGGCAUCUCCCCCUCUCACUACAAGGGACAGGAAUGGGGCGCGUCGCCAAAGAAGACGUGCAUGGGGGAGACGGAGCCGCUCAACAGCACAGGGCCGUACCCCGGCGGCCCGAUGCCGCAGCAGGAGAUCAUCCGGACCGUCCUCGCCGGCAUGGCCAAGCCGGUCUACCUGCUGGACUUCACAUUCCUGUCGCAGCUCAGGAAAGACGCGCACCCCACCAAGUAUGAUGGCGGCAUCUUCGGCCAAGACUGCACCCAUUGGUGCAUCGCCGGCCUCCCGGACACUUGGAACAUCCUCUUCUAUGCCGCGCUCACUGGCCAAGACGGUUAGAUUCAUCCCAAGAGGUGUAGAAUAGUGUAGGUCAAAUGAUCAAAGGCGAUUUGAAGAUAGCACAUUGGUUUAUACGGUUGGAAAGACUUUUAUCUGCAGCAAAGAAAUAGAGGAUUAUAGAAGUGAGAAAAACAUAUAGCAUGAUUCGAAUAGGAUAAGACCACAUGAUUGUUAGUUGAUAUAUACAGACAAAGGUGAAUUCUUUUGGAAUCUAUGUUCUUCGAGUGGCUCAGUCUCCGAGUGAUCAAAUAUGUUAAUCGAACUUUGACAAGCUCCUCAUCUCAGAAUAACUGACUUCUUUCC